GCAAGCUGAUGAUCGCCUUCUCGUACGAGCUCUCGCGCCGCGAGAGCAAGAUGGGCACGCCCGAGCGGCCCAUCUCUGACCUCGGCCUGGUCUCGUACCGCUCCUACUGGGUGUACGCGCUGCUCGAGAUCCUGCACAAGCACCGCGGCUCCAUCUCGGUGCAGGAGCUGUCCGAGCGGACCGCCUUCCGCACCGAUGACAUCGUCAAGACGCUGCAGGCCUUCAACCUGAUCCGCUACUUUGGAGGGCAGCACUCGAUCCUCGUCACGCCGAAGACGCUCGAGCAGCACUACACUAACGCAAAGCCAAACUGGAUCAUCGACUCGACCAAGUUGAGGUGGACGCCCUAUCACGAGCGACCAAAGAGGUGA